AGGAAAGAUACAAACAGUUAAGUAGCACAUAUUGAAUAGUUGCACUUUCGUGUUCAGUAUUUAAAAAUGAACUGUGAAUACAGACCGUUAACUCCAGGAAAGCGGCUUCUAUUGAGCACUAAUUACAUUGACCUUCACAAUCAGUUCACUGAGUACAGGAGUUGGUCUGCUAUAUUGAAGCUGUGCAACACUUUGGUGAGGCCGUAGGUAGGAUAUCGUGUGCUGUUCUGGUCAGCUACCCGCAGUUUUAAAAUGUCCAUAAGCUUCAAAGUGUGCAGCGAUAAUUUGAAAUGAAGAGUUCGAGGACUGUGGACAAUAGUUAGAGGGGCAAGUUGAACAGGUCAACACGUGCUGCUAUUGGAGCUCCCGUCUUGCCAUUCCCCCAACACCACUCUGCAAUCCCGUCUCGCUCAGAUCCCAUUGAGUGCAGGUCGGCACGGACUGUGUUACUGUGCUGUAAUCGUCAUAUUGUUCUAUGACAUAAUUGCAAGGUCUGCAUAUCUGUACUGUUGAACAGGCAUUCAGUCUAAAAUUAAUUUUGCAUCUUAUCAGGACCGUCGGUCAAAUUCACCUCAGCUCAUUAAUCCAGCAUGAAUAUUAAACUGUGAGAUUCGCCAUGUCUGUCCAUCUACUCCACAAUAAAUAAAUUAAUUGUUUGCUUUUAUAGAAAGUCACUGAACUGACGGAGAAGGGAAACCGGACAGAGAGUUCCAGACUCUUCCUCAGUUUGGUGAAUGGCAAAGGCUCCCGGGCCCGACGGGCAAUGUGGGAAUCCUUUGUGAUGUGGAGGACUGAGUUACCGAAGCUGGGCAGGAUACUGAGGGAGAUACAGGAGCUCGGUCCUGACCCAGAGGACUACAUGAACAUCGCACAAGGGUUGUCUGAGUUACCCACUGAACUGACAGAUGUUCAACAGAAACACAAGGAGACUCUGCGGGCACAAACUGAAACACUGAGAGUGAACACGAUCCUGAUGAGGGAGAAGGUGAAGGUUUUCCAGCUGGUUGAUCGAUACACAAAGCUCACGGUCAUUUCUACUCUUCGAGAUCGGAGACUGGUGGAACACGAGCUGCUGGCAAGAGGCAGAGCCCACGAGGAUUAUAGAGAGAAACAUCUCCGUGGAUCGUUAGAAAAAAUAGAGACUGCUCAGUUAUUCCACAGCAGUUUUUCCCGGAGAAAAUCCAAAUCUGGCAGUUCUGCAGCAGUAGCCGGAGUGCCAGGAAUCGGGAAAACAACAAUGGUACAGAAGAUUGUUUAUGACUGGGCCGCGGGGAAUAUAUUCCAACAAUUCCAGUUUGUCUUCAGUUUCAAAUUCCGGGAUUUAAACUCAAUUAACUGCAGAAUAAACCUGAGGGAACUGAUUCUGGAUCAGUAUCCUUACUUUGGGAAUAUCCUGAGAGAGGUCUGGAAGAACCCAGAGGCAUUGCUGUUUAUAUUCGAUGGUUUGGAUGAAUUCAAGCACACAAUUGAUUUUGCGGACAGUCGGAGAUACACAGAACCCAAGCACCAGUGCCCAGAUCCCGAGUGGUGGUGUGAAGUGUCGGACAUUGUGUACAGUUUAAUCCAGGGCAAGCUGCUCCCAGGGUGUUCAGUGCUGGUGACCACCCGCCCCACUGCGUUACAUUUAUUGGAAAAGGCGGAGAUCGGUGUCCGGGCUGAAAUCCUGGGAUUUGUUGGUGAGGAACGGAAGGAAUAUUUCAUCAAGCAUUUUGAAGAUCAGACGGUGGCAGCAGCUCUUUUCAAACACGUGCAGGAGAACGAGAUCCUGUACACCAUGAGCUACAACCCCUCCUACUGCUGGAUCCUCGCUCUGACACUGGGCCCCUUCUUCACACAAAGAGUCAGGGACCCGCAGAGAGUUCCCAAGACCAUCACCCAACUGUACUCCUACUAUAUUUACAAUAUCCUAAAAAAUCACGGUCGUGAGAUUGAGAGAGCCCAUGAUGUGUUUCUCAGGGUGGGUCAGAUGGCCUACAGAGGAGUGUCCGAGAAGAAGAUUGUGUUUGCAGACGGAGAUUUGAUCAAGUUCAAUCUGCAGCCUUCCCAGUUCCUGUCCGGGUUCCUGAUGGAGCUUUUGGAGAGAGAGGAUUCUGCCCACAGCGUGGUGUACACAUUCCCACACCUCACCAUCCAAGAGUUUGUAGCUGCAGUCGCACAAUUCCUGACAGUACAUCCUGAGGAUAUCCUGAAAUUCCUCACUGAAACCCACAAGACACAAGAUGGGCGAUUUGAGGUAUUUCUCCGUUUUGUUGCUGGUCUCUCCAACCCAAUGACAGCUCGGGGCCUGGAGGAGUUUCUGGGUCCAUUUCCUCAUCAAACAACCUGCCGGGUGAUUGACUGGGUGAAGGAGGAGGUUAAACGCCAGAGUGGAAACACGGAUGACACUGGGAGAAGGAGACUCCUGAACACAUUGCACUACCUGUUUGAGUCUCAGAAUCGUGGACUGGCUCAGGCCGCACUGGGAUCUCUGAAAACACUUUCAUUCCAUGGAAUGACACUGACCCCGGUUGACUGCGCGGUCCUGUCUCAUGCAAUCGGACUCUGUGAUACUAUAAAAGAACUCGACCUGGAGAACUGCCACAUUCAGUGUGAAGGAAUCCAGCGGCUGGGACCCGGGCUGAACAAGUGCCAGGAGUUGAGACUCGGGGGGAAUGAUCUGGGAAAUUCAGGAGUGAAACUGGUGUCUGCGGCUCUGAGGAACCCGGAGUGUAAAAUACAGAGACUGUGGCUGAACCAAGUCGGUCUCACAGAUUCUGGGGCCGAGGAUCUCGUCUCCGCUCUCAGUACAAACCCAUCACUGACGGAGCUGGAGCUGAGUGAUAAUAAACUGGGAGAUUCAGGAGUGAAACUGGUGUCUGCGGCUCUGAGGAACCCGGAGUGUAAAAUACAGAAACUGUGGCUGAGGGGUGUCGGUCUCACAGAUUCUGGUGCCGAGGAUCUCGUCUCCACUCUCAGUACAAACCCAUCACUGACGGAGCUGAACCUGGGAUACAACUCUCUGACAGACCGAUCUGUCCCCGCUCUCCGCCGCCUCAUACUGACCCUCCGGAGUCUGGAGUGGAUCGGGCUGGGGUUGAAUCGGUUCAGUGAGACCGGGGAGAAGGAACUGAGAUCUCUGCAGGGAGUCAGACCCGGACUGAGAGUGUGGACCUGAAUGUGUGAACAUCCCCGCCCGCGGAAUGGAGCCGAUUCCCCCCUCCCCUUUAACUACCCCUCCCCUUUAACUACCCCUCCCCCACCCCUUUAACUACCCCUCCCCCUCCCCUUUAACUACCCCUCCCCCACCCCUUUAACUACCCCUCCCCCUCCCCUUUAACACUCCGCCCUCCCCUUUAACUACCCCUCCCCCUCCCCUUUAACUACCCCUCACCCUCUCCUUUAACUCCCCCUCCCCCUCCCCUUUAACUCCCGCCCUUACCUUUAAUGGCCGCGCGCCGGGGCUGAUUCCCAACGGUUUUAACGGAACUGGCUCCGGUCUCGAGCUCGGUGAUCUCGGAAGCGCUCCCGCCGUGACGUAUUUCCGCCCGCUGUCCGGCGGCGCCACUUCCGCCGGAUGUGCGGGUCCGAGACUCUCCCGCGUGCCACCCCGGGGAAUUCCCCGGACGGGAGGAGCCCGGGGGGCCGGGGCUCAGUCUGGGACACCGGUGUCCCGGGAGAGAAUCCUUUUGCCCCCUCUGCUGAGGACGGGGCAUUCGGCUGUCCGGCCGAUAGAAUGGUGUUAAAUUGACAAAUACCUCGGCAAUGACCCUGGAUCCGCAGCGAUCCCGGACACGGCCCCGGAGUGUGAUUGGAUGCAGAGUGACGGUGAGGAACGGGACUGAUUAAUCUACCGGUCACCCGUUGUCGCCGGUCAGUUAACUGUGAGUGACUGUGAGCGAGGACGGGGCAUUCGGCUGUCUGGCCGAUAUAAUGGUGUUAAAUUGACAAAUCCCUCGGUAAUGACCCUGGAUCCGCAGCGAUCCCGGACACGGCCCCGGAGUGUGAUUGGAUGCAGAGUGACGGGGAGGAACGGGACUGAUUAAUCUACCGGUCACCCGUUGUCGCCGGUCAGUUAAUUCUGUGUGACUGUGAGCGAGGACGGUGCAUUCGGCUGUCCGGCCGAUAUAAUGGUGUUAAAUUGACAAAUACCUCGGCAAUGACCUUGGAUCCGCAGCGAUCCCGGACACGGCCCCGGAGUGUGAUUGGAUGCAGAGUGACGGGGAGGAACGGGACUGAUUAAUCUACCGGUCACCGGUUGUCGCCGGUCAGUUAAUUCUGUGUGACUGUGAGCGAGGACGGGGCAUUCGGCUGUCCGGCCGAUAUAAUGGUGUUAAAUUGACAAAUACCUCGGCAAUGGCCUUGGAUCCGCAGCGAUCCCGGACACGGCCCCGGAGUGUGAUUGGAUGCAGAGUGACGGGGAGGAACGGGACUGAUUAAUCUACCGGUCACCCGUUGUCGCCGGUCAGUUAAUUCUGUGUGACUGUGAGUGAGUCGGGAACAGUGUGGCACCCACUUUCUGCGCAGGCGCGCCGGCUCACAAAUACCCAGGGAGUAAAUGCCAGCACCAGGAAGUUUGAAUAAACUAGUCUGGAACAGAUUUACCGACUGAGUGUCGUUGUCUCUAACUCUGUAUGUAGUACAUCGCUACAGCAGCUUAUUUACUCUCGCAAGACAGCAGCUCACAUACUGUUUAAUUUGCAUUUAUCAUGAUGAAAUCAAUAAACCGCUGUAACUUCCUG